AUGCUUGGAAUGAUGAACGUCGGCUCCGAUGCGCAGGUAGAAUUCUAUGCGAGUGCACGUCAAAGUUCACUGUACGCUCGUAAGCCAUCAAAGGACAGCAGAACUUAUACAAAUGAAGGGCGUGUGCUGAUAAACGGAGUACCAGAAGUGCAAGAUUCUCCCGAUGAAUUAUGGCGUUCAUUAAUUUGCAAAGCGGUUAGUGGUGAAGUGAUGAGAGGCGUCACACGCGAAAACGGAGGGCCACUUGCUAUUAUACGGCGAAUAUCGUCGCGUCUUCUUCUGGGACAGAAACCAAAGGUUGCUGUGGCAAGAGUAGAAAGUGAAAAAGAUGAUGACAAUAAGAAGAACGUCACAGUUGUUAGAAUCAAGACAAUGCAUAGGAAACUGCCGAAGAAAGUUAUAAAGAGAGUGCGUAAUGACGACGAUGACGAAGACAACGACAACGACUAUGAUGAUGACAACGACGCCGCCGCAAACGGUCAUGAUAACGAUGAUGACGACGAUGACGAAGAAGAAGUUCGUAUCUAUGCUGAGGAAGGUAUUUUAAAGUGCUUGAUGGAGAAAAAAGCUAUAUUUGAACGUGAAAUGGGUGAAAUCUCAAUGGAAUGGACAACUGACCAUGAUCCUGAAACUAUCGACGACGAGAACGAUAUUGUUGUGGAGAGAUUCUGA